AUGAUGGGACACUCAGAGCGCCAAAAUGAAUAUUUCAUCGAGAAAGAUGGAAUAAGUCGUGAGGUGAUCCAGGCAGAUAUCUGCCGCUACCUCGGAAAUGAUGCCCUCGUGAAACCUGGGGUCCACCAGGGACGCCAAGGAUAUUUCAUUCGCGCUUAUCGGAAUUUAACAUCCGAAAUGAUUGCCGACCUCAAAGCUGAUUCUGCAAGAUGGGAGGCUGAGACGUCUCGUAGAGCUGAGAGGGGCUAUCCGAGAGGUAACUACGUCAACCAUGAUGUCAAUAUGCAACAAGGACCUAACAGGGCUCCAGCCAACUACAAUACCUCGUCAAUUCACGAGUCUCGACAACAGGCCACAUAUGCUCCUCCCACUUCUCAGCCAUACAUGGAUCCAUAUUCUUCCUCGCAAACCCCGUAUCCCCCCCAGCAAAAUUCAUCUGGAUACUCGUCAACAUUUAACCAGCCUUCUGGUUACCCUUCGGAUCCGAUAUCUUAUGGCUCUGUUCCAAAUACCUAUGCACAGGGACAAUCGUCCGCUCCAGUUGUUACAUCCGCAGAAAUGCAAUCUUCUUAUACCUACUCUCAAGGUAAUGCCUACCCUUAUGGGGAUAGCAGAUCAGCUCCUCGCUACACUGGUCAGGGCUACGAUAACGAUAGCCCCGACUUCCCACCAGGAGUUUCUAGUGGCAUGGGGUAUCCUCCCAGCACUGCCCCGGACCCUCGAAUGGACCCCAGAUACUCUCCUGAAAGUGCCUACCCGGAUCCAAGAGGCCCAGCUGGCAGAGCGCACCCACCAAGAGAUAGAGACCCUCAGCGCCGGCCUCGCUAA